AUCUCCUCAGGCAGUAGGAUAAUAGUGUAUUCCUGGGAACUGUAAAAAAAGCUUUCUUGUUUGAAAAGAAAGCAUCAAACGAUCACUAUACAAGCCAAAACCAGCGAGGUAGUAGCCCUCAUUGCUUCACUCUUUCUCCUCUUUCUUCUUCAAAUCCCCUCUGUUCUCCAGAUACUUUAGCCGUCACGGAACGUAUCCUUGCAGCUCUCUCCCCUUUCUGAUGCGCGGACAAUUCUCAUCGGUAGGGUUUUAGUUCUUCCUCAAAACCCUAAUUUAGUUCCAUUGAAACGCAAUUGUAGAGAUCGAAGCCCUAGACCGGACGGAUCUUGGGCUUGUGACCAUGGCGGCGACGAUGGUAAGCUCCGCGGGAGGUCUUCUGGCUAUGCUGAACGAGAGCCAUCCGCUACUCAAGCUUCACGCACUCUCCAAUCUCAACGCCUUCGUUGACUACUUCUGGCCUGAGAUCUCUACCUCUGUUCCCAUUAUAGAAAGUUUAUAUGAAGAUGAAGAGUUUGAUCAAAGACAACUUGCUGCAUUGCUUGUUUCAAAGGUUUUCUAUUAUCUUGGUGAACUUAAUGAUUCAUUGUCAUAUGCACUUGGAGCUGGUCCCCUUUUUGAUGUUUCAGAGGAUUCUGAUUAUGUCCAUACGCUACUUGCUAAAGCUAUUGAUGAAUAUGCGAGUCUUAAGACAAAGGCGGCGGAGUCAAAUGAUGAAGCAGCAAAGGUUGAUCCAAGGCUGGAGGCUAUUGUGGAAAGAAUGCUGGAUAAGUGUAUCUUGGAUGGAAGAUAUCAACAAGCUAUGGGCAUGGCAAUAGAAUGCCGAAGAUUAGAUAAACUAGAGGAAGCAAUUACAAGGAGUGACAAUGUCCAUGGAACUCUCUCGUAUUGCAUUAAUAUCUCUCAUUCUUUUGUUAAUCGUAGAGAAUAUCGACGUGAGGUGCUUCGUCUUCUUGUUAAAGUGUAUCAGAAGCUGCCAUCACCUGAUUAUUUGAAUAUAUGCCAAUGUCUUAUGUUUUUGGAUGAACCUGAAGGCGUUGCGAGUAUAUUGGAGAAGCUUCUACGAUCUCCAAAUAAGGAGGAAGCUCUGCUGGCAUUUCAAAUAGCAUUUGAUCUUGUGGAAAAUGAACACCAAGCUUUUCUUUUAAAUGUGAGAGACCGCCUUUCUAUUCCAAAAUCUCAACCUCUGGAAUCUGUGCAGCAGGAAACUGUUGAAUCAGAUUCUACACAAAAUGGAAAUCCUACUGUAUCAGAGGAUGUACACAUGGCAGAUGGAACUCUUGCAUCGAAUGGGAGUGUGCCUGAAACUGAUCCAAAUGAAGCUUUGUAUGCAGAGAGGCUGACAAAGAUGAAAGGCAUUUUGUCUGGAGAGACAUCAAUACAAUUGACCCUACAAUUCUUGUAUAGUCAUAACAAAUCGGAUCUCCUUAUUCUGAAGACAAUAAAGCAGUCUGUUGAGAUGAGAAAUAGUGUCUGUCAUAGUGCAACAAUUUAUGCUAAUGCAAUCAUGCAUGCUGGAACAACUGUUGACACAUUUCUCAGGGAGAAUCUGGACUGGCUGAGCAGAGCCACAAAUUGGGCCAAAUUUAGCGCAACUGCUGGGCUAGGUGUUAUUCAUAGAGGUCACCUGCAGCAGGGGAGGUCACUGAUGGCUCCUUACUUGCCUCAAAGUGGGGCUGGUGGUGGUGGAAGUCCCUACUCAGAAGGUGGUGCUCUCUAUGCUUUAGGUCUUAUUCAUGCCAACCAUGGAGAGGGCAUCAAACAAUUCCUUCGUGAUAGCCUGCGGAGUACUAAUGUUGAGGUUAUUCAGCAUGGUGCAUGCUUAGGUCUUGGUUUAGCAGCUCUAGGAACUGCUGAUGAAGAUAUUUAUGAUGACAUCAAAAGUGUGCUUUAUGUUGACAGUGCUGUUGCUGGUGAAGCUGCUGGUAUUAGUAUGGGGUUGCUCAUGGUUGGAACUGCUAGUGAGAAGGCAAGUGAGAUGCUUGCUUAUGCACAUGAGACGCAACAUGAGAAGAUCAUAAGGGGACUAGCAUUAGGAAUAGCACUUACAGUGUAUGGAAGAGAGGAAGAAGCAGACACACUAAUUGAACAGAUGACUAGGGAUCAAGACCCUAUCCUGCGUUAUGGUGGUAUGUAUGCAUUGGCAUUGGCAUACAGGGGAACCGCAAACAACAAAGCCAUCCGGCAGUUGCUGCAUUUUGCUGUAUCAGAUGUAAGUGAUGAUGUCAGGAGGACUGCCGUUUUAGCACUUGGGUUUGUCCUGUAUUCUGAACCCGAGCAGACUCCUCGAAUUGUCUCGUUGCUGUCUGAGUCUUACAACCCACAUGUUCGAUAUGGUGCUGCUCUUGCAGUAGGGAUUUCCUGUGCUGGUACUGGUUUGAGUGAGGCUAUAUCAUUGCUAGAGCCUUUAACUUCCGAUGUAGUUGAUUUUGUUCGUCAGGGUGCUCUCAUUGCCAUGGCUAUGGUGAUGGUCCAGAUCAGUGAAGCUAGUGAUUCUCGUGUUGGAACUUUCAGGCGACAACUGGAGAAAAUAAUUCUUGAUAAGCAUGAAGACACGAUGAGCAAGAUGGGAGCAAUCUUGGCCUCUGGGAUCCUUGAUGCCGGUGGAAGAAAUGUGACCAUAAGGUUGCUUUCAAAGACCAAACAUGAUAAAGUUACUGCAGUUGUUGGUCUUGCUGUUUUCAGCCAGUUUUGGUAUUGGUAUCCCCUGAUCUAUUUCAUAAGCUUGUCAUUCUCUCCCACUGCUUUUAUUGGAUUGAACUAUGACUUGAAAGUUCCGAGAUUUGAGUUCUUAUCACAUGCAAAACCUUCACUGUUCGAAUAUCCUCGGCCAACAACUGUGCCUACCACCACAUCGACUGUAAAACUUCCAACUGCAGUUUUAUCAACAUCAGCAAAGGCUAAAGCUAGGGCUAAGAAAGAGGCAGAUCAGAAAGCCAAUGCUGAAAAGUCAUCUGUAGCAGAGCCUUCCUCUGUUGGUCUGAAUGUUGGGAAAGGAAAAUCUAGCGAGAAGGAUGGGGACUCAAUGCAGGUUGAUAGCCCACCAGAAAAGAAGGCGGAGCCUGAGCCAUCUUUUGAAAUAUUGACCAACCCUGCCAGGGUAGUCCCUGCUCAGGAGAAAUUCAUUAAAUUUCUGGAAGAAAGCAGAUAUGUUCCUGUAAAAUCGGCACCUACAGGGUUUGUUCUUUUGAGAGAUUUACGUCCAACUGAAACUGAGGUGCUCUCACUUACCGACACACCCUCAUCUACGGCGUCACCUGCUAGCGGAUCAGCAACAGCACAGCAGGGUUCAGCCUCAGCAAUGGCUGUUGAAGAAGAGCCUCAGCCACCUCAGCCUUUUGAAUACACCACAUGAUUUUGGUGGUGGUAUCAUUUCAUCAUUUGGGUAGCAACUGUUUCAUGCUGUUUCCUGAGAAAUUGGAGUCACUCUGGCAUGUAGAAAGAUUGGAAUUGAUGCGAGCAAUUACUCUCCCCUGUUAUGAUGUAUAACCAUGGCCAAUUUCAGGUGAGCUUGCAGGCAUUUAGGUUUUUUUAUGAUGCUUCCACUGAUGUGAUCUCAUCUCACUCUCAGUCGGAGUGGUCUGUCAACUGGUAUUUCCAAUUUUAAUGUAUUAAGCUAAAGCAUAGAGUAUAGGGGUGAACUCUGCAGUUCGUUCUUGAGAUACAAUGCAUCCUUUUCUGGCCCUUCCUCGCCUGCUCCUGAAACUGAUUAUUUUUUAUGUGAUCUGGUCACUUGACAACUCCGUGGAUGCUUUAUUAUGAGACUACCAGCCGUGUGCCUUCUGCACCAGUCCUCGUGCUUUUAGCGGGAAAGGUUAAAUGCACUCGGUUCUUUCUGAAUUUGAGGACUCGCUGUUUCUUUUUAAUUUUAGAGUUUGGAAUGAUAUGUGAUUUACUCAUCCAUUGUAUUUUUAUGUUGUUUUUGGGCUCAUUUUCAGACAAAAUCUUUGGAUGCAGUUGCAUGUACUCUCUUUAGUCAAAUCUGGGUUGAUUGGUUUU